AUACACAGGAAAAAUAGCAAAGAGCAUCGUGAACUGUGCGUGCUCGUAUUCUAUUGUUUACGUCGCACGCGUGACCUUUCGGUGUGUUGCUGUAUUUUGCCCAGCAUACCGUAGUGCCACACGAAGGACUUGUACCUAUGUGUGAUGCUGUUCAUGCGUGAGACGCAGUUUUUCCAAAUUCCAGCGAGUACAGAUCAACGAUUUUCAACGAUAUUUUAGUGCAUGUAGUUAGUUUGUGAUGCGUAAAAUCAUCGAAGAAAGAUCAAUUGUUGACGCGAAAGAUGGAAUCCAGAGAUACACUUAAUGGCGCUGUCAGGGUGAAAGAGGAGCCCAGCGAUGUGUCGCUAAGUGAAAACGUUUGUAAAAUGAUUGACGAGAAACCUGAUCUAAAAAACUUGCAACUCUUAUCACAUCCAUUGGAAAAUUCGAUCAAUAUCCUUCGAAAAUGUGACAUUAAACUUGAAAAUGAACUCGAUGACGAAGUGGAAGUAGUUGCUGAAUGCGAAGAUGUCAAGCCUAACAUUCAUUUAUUGGCAGUCAACAAAGUUGAAGAAGACUCUCAAAAUUUCUUGCAGGAUCUGAAAGAUACUGAUGGUUAUAAAAUUCAAAACUCAAUUAGAAUAGAAACUGCGGAGGGAACGAAACCAAAAAACGAACGAAAUAAAAAAAGUUCUACAGAAGAGUUAAGUAACGAGGACAACCCCAAAGCACAAAUCGGUACAGUGCAUGACGGUACAGCCAACGUAUGUGAAAUAUGCGGGAAGAAAUUGGCACAUACAAGUAGUCUGCGUAGGCAUGUCAAAUCAUUACAUCAGUGCAUUACCCACUCAUGUGAUAAAUGCGAAAAGUCUUUUACUCAAAAAUGUAAUCUCAAAAUCCACAUUGAAACAGUCCACAACGGUAUAUACAUACAUGCGUGUGAUGUUUGCGGAAAGACAUUUUCGCACAGACGUAACGUGAGAAAUCACAUCGAAUCGGUGCACAACGGUGUCAAACAUGCGUGCGUAAUUUGCGGAAAGAUAUUCAACUUAAAGGGCUCUCUCAAAAAACACAUGGAUAAGGUGCAUAACGAUAUCAACCACAGUUGUGACCGAUGUGGAAGGAAAUACUCAAGAAAGAGCAAUCUCAAAAAACACAUAGAUGCGGUGCAUCGCUCACUUAUUACAACUUGAUUAUUUAUUUUAAAUUUCAUUCACAUGUUCGGAAGACUAAUUCAGCCAUUUUCAUUUAUAAUAUCUCGAGUUCCUC